AUCUGACAUUUUCAAAUUUCUGAUUUUUUUCUUAAAAUGUAUGAAUUUGUUUUCAAAUUUCUAACUUUUUUAAAAUUUCUGAAUUGUUUUCAAAAUGAUCACCUUUUCCCAAAAAUUCGGACUUUUUAGUAGCCUGUAACUUUAUUAUUCAUGAUCAACAAUAUUUAAUACCCUAUUUAAGAAUGGGCUACAAAUCACAUAGCUUUUCCUGACUUAAUACGUCUGUAAUUGCAAUAUUAAUCCCAAAAACAUGAACGGUUUUUUUUUUUGACCCCCUGAACUCCAGUAGACACAUGUUUCCCAACGCAGCAAAAGGGAAACAUUUUUCCGUUUUCUCUACCUUUACUUAACAACAGUGAUUGUUAAUUCAUCGAGCCAAUUAAAACCAAAAUCCCGGUCCAAGGCGACCUGGCAUGAGCCAAUGAGAUUCAAGGAAAGAUGAGGCUCGAAUAAAAGCCCCUCUAGUGACGUAUGCGUCCUCAUGUCGUUGUUCGAGGCGAAGAACACGGCGGCUCAUAAAAUAAAACCACGAAAAAGUAGCGAUAUAUCUAACGAGUCGAUGGACUAACUGCUGAUUAAUGGUUAUGUUACCCUUAAUAAGGCCGCUGGUGUAAGGUUUCCGUGGUCUGAUCACAACCGUUCCUCGUACUGGAUGUGUAUUUUGUAAAUUGUGUAAUUUCUACCUGUUGUAUGCUUCUUCACUUGCUGAAACAAUAUAAAUGUUACGAAUAAAAGGUAUUCUGAGUCUGAUUGGCUCAUCUGUGUGACAGUCCUUUUAUUAAGCCAAUUAAAACCAAGACCCCGGUCCAAGCGACCUGACAGGAGCCAAUGGGACUCAACUGACGUCACGGCUCAUAUAAAAACCCAUCCUGUGACGUAUGCGGCCUCAGCUCGUUGUUGGAGGCGAAGAGCACGACGACGGUUGAAACAGAAUACCUCGAAAAGCAGCGAUAUUUUUCUGUUUCCCGCCAACUGAUCGUGUCUAAUGAGUUGAUGGACUGUGUGCUGAUGGUUCCCAGCGGGUUGCAGUAAGCUUCCAGUGGUUUUAAUGGCGGAUAAAGACGCCUGCAGGGAGUACCUCUCCUCUCUGGAGGACCUGACGUUCAACAGCAAGCCGCACAUCAACAUGCUUACCAUCCUGGCCGAGGAGAACCUGCACUUCGCCAAGGAAAUCGUGGCUAUUAUUGAAGCGCAAAUCAGCAAGGCCCCGUCCGCCGAGAAGCUUCCCGUUUUGUACUUAGUGGAUUCCAUAGUGAAGAAUGUUGGAGGAGAGUACCUUGCAGUGUUUGCUAAAAACCUAAUCACUUCAUUUAUAUGUGUCUUUGAAAAGGUGGAUGAGAACACCAGGAAGAGCCUCUUCAAGCUGCGCUCCACCUGGGACGACGUGUUCCCUCUGAAGAAGCUCUACGCUCUGGACGUCAGGGUGAACAGCGUGGACCCAGCCUGGCCCAUCAAGGCGCUGCCACCCUCCGUCAGCAACGCCUCCAUACACGUCAACCCCAAGUUCCUCAAGCAGUCUGAUGAGGCUCCCUCUCCACAGCCGACUCCCUCUAAACCUCCUGCUCCUCAGGCCCCUGCUCCUCUUCCAGAGGCCCCUGCCCCUCCUGUGGCCCCCGCAACCCCCUCCGGCCUGACGCAGGAGUCUCUGAUCCGGCAGCAGCUCCUGGCCAAACAGAAGCAGCUGCUGGAGCUGCAGCAGAAGAAGAUUGAGCUGGAGCUGGAGCAGACCAAAGCCCAGCUGGCAGGGGGGUUUGUGAUGCCCCCUGCAGCCCCGGUGAAGCCCAGCCCUCCGGUGGCCCCGGGGGUCCGGCCCUGGCUGCCCCCCCCUCAGCCCGACCCAAAGCCCCCCACCAGAGACCCCCGUCUGAACCGACCAGCCGGACCCCCGACCAAAGAGCAGCCGGCCGGGAAGAAAGAAGGCCGUCCCCUCACAGGAAACCCUGCUGUGACCCUGGAGAAACCCCGACCCGACAAGCCCCGGACCCCCAGGAAGGAGGCGCCCAAACCCCCCACCUCCUCCCCGAGCACCAAGAGCGUCCCGGGGAAAGGGAAGCCAGCGGAGCCCGAGACCAAGAAGGACCCCCGCCUGAAAAAGAGAGGGGGGGCCAAAGAGGAGGAGCUGAAGGAGAAGAAGAAGAAGGAGGAGCCUCCGAGGGGGGGGGGCAACAAAGGGAAGACUCUGAACGGAUCCAAACACGAAGACGAAAAGCUGGAGUUCAAGGCGGGGGGGAACGCCCGGACCCACGCCAGGAAGCGCUCCCGCUCCCCCCCCGCCUCCCCCACCAAGAGGAAGGAGCGCCGUCGUACCCGGAGCAGCUCCCUGUCCCCGUCCCCCUCCCACAAACCGGGGAAACCCCCCCGACGGGAGCCCGAGCACGGCAAGAAGAAGAGCCAAUCAGAGAGCAGGAGGUCCAAGAGGCCGGCGGAGGACCCCCCCCACUCCCCCCGGGGCCACGAGGGGGCCAAAGAGGGCAAGGAGGGCAAGGAGGGCCUGCCCCCCCAUCGCUGGAGGAGCGGCUGGGAGGAGAACAAGCACCCGAAGCCGGAGGACCCCCACCUGAAGCCCGCUCCCCCCCGACACAAGCCCUACAGUACCCCCACCCGCGCUGCCACACCACGCACCCCCAAGCACCGCCUCAGUGUGGACGCCAACAUGCAGAUCCCCGAGGUCCUGAACUCAGCUUCCAAGAAGGACCUGCUGCGGAGGGCCAGUAAGCGCCUGGAGAGCGGAGAGAUCUCUCAGGAGGAUUUCCUGAACAUGGCCCACCAAAUCAAGCACUUCUUCCAGUACCAGGAGGAGAAGCAGCGCUCCGACGGCUGGGACCCUCUCAGCGGCUCCCUGCGACCCCUCAGCUCCGGGACGCCGAGGCCCCUCAGCUCUGGGACCCCGCGGCCCCCCCAAGGCAUGGACGCGGCCGAGCUGUCGUACUACGAACACAAGCUGAAGCUGAGGAAGACUCAGGUCAACCGGCGGGCAGCGGGGGAGGAGUGGGAUGGCGAGGAGAGUCCGGAGGAGGGGGAGGCGACGGGGGUCCCGCUAAUUAAAUACAACCGGGGGCCCCGAGAGAGACCAGCAGAGAGGAGGGGCAAGGAGGAGGAGCCCCGCCCCCCCCUCGGCCCCAUGAUCGAGGAGUACAACCACGGGAAGGAGUUCCCCACCCUGAAGAGCCUGCCGGGACUCCGCUUCAGGAGGAGGGCUGACCCCCGGGAGCCCAGUGAGAGGGAGUGGACGUCUCCCCUGACGGAGCGGCAGCGCAGCAGUGAGGAGAAGAGUGGGUACGAGGCCCCCAGGAGGUACGACCCCCGCCGGCCUGAGGGCCCCCCCCUCUCUUCCGUGAGCCCUGCUGAGGUGCCCCGGUUUGAGCGGGAGCGCCUGUCCCCCCCGAAAGACUCUGAGAGCCCGGCCCCCCGCUUCGAGAGCCCCACCAGCGAGCACUCUGAUGACGGGCCCCUAGAGGCCCCCCCAUCUCACCUGCCCCCUCCUCCUAAAUCUAUCCUGAAGGCCCCGCUCCGCGGGGGCCCGCUGACCACCGUCCGUAACAGCGACUCCCCAGGACACACACCCCCCCAAGAUGGAGGACCCCCCCCACCACGCUUCGAUGGGCCCCCAGGCCCUAACAGGCCUCCCGACUGGUACGAAGGUGGGGGCCGCUACGACGACCCCCCAUCCUUCGACGGGCCGCACCAGCCGGGCCGGUUUGAAGGUGGGGGGCCACACCACCUGCCGGAGCGUUUUGACGGGCCCCCCCCACCCUCAGGCGCCAUGAGAGGCUUCGACGGGCCCCCCCACCCUCAGGGCCCGGGGAGGUUCGACGGACCACCCGGCCAGCAGCCCCCCCUGAGGUUCGAGGGCCCAGGGCACUUCGAGGGGCCGAUGCGGCGGUUCGACCCCGGCUCCGGACCAAUGGGCUUCCAGCAGCGGCCCAUGCGCUUCAACGGCCCCCCGAACCAGAUGGGUCCCAUGAGGUUUGACGGUCCCAUGCGCUUCGAGUCCCCCGGGCAACCGGCCCCCAGAUUUGACCUCGGCCCCCACCAGGGGGGGCCUCCACACUACGAGUGCCCCUCCGGCCAGCAGGGCCCCAUGAGGUUCGGCCACCAGCUCAACAUGCAGCCCCCCAUGAGGUCGAUGGCCCCGCCCCUCUACGACGGACCCCUGGCCCCCCAGCAGAACUUUAACAUGGCCCCCCAGUCCAUGAACCCUCCCCAAUUCCCCGGGGGCCCUAUGGCCUUCCCACAGCCCAACCUGCAGCAGGGUGGGAACUUCAACCUGCAGCCGGCCUACAGCCAGCCGGGCCCCGGGGCCUUCUACAACCCUGCGGCCCCUGCCAUGCAGCAGCCGAUGCUGGGGGCCCUCGGUCAGCCCUUCCUGCCUCAGAGCUCCGUGCCUUACGUUCAGAGUGAGUCCCCCCCCCCCGAUCCCCGGCCCCCCCCCCCAGAGAACCACUUUGGUCAGGUGGAUGUGAACGAUCUGCUCACUAAACUCAUCUCCAACGGCAUCAUCAAACCCUCGCAGCCCGAAGCCCCCCCCACCAGCAAAGAGCCUGCGGCAGUCCUCCCUGCAGCGCCCCCUGUGGCGGUGGAGGAGGAGGAAGACGAGGCGGAGGAAGAAGAGGACGAAAACCUCCCGGACCUCACCAGCUUCAAAGUGGACCACAUGAAACUGCGGUACGAGUGUGUGGUGCAGCGGCUGUACUCUGGGAACCAGUGCUGUCUGUGCAGCAUGAGGUUCACCGCCAAGCAGACGGACCUGUACGCAGACCACCUGGACUGGCACUUCAGACAGAACCAUGCAGGCAAGGUGGCCGGCAAGAGGAUCACACACCGCCGCUGGUACUACGGACUGAGGGACUGGGUGGAGUUCGAGGAGAUCGCAGAUCUGGAGGAGCGAGCGAAGAGCACCUUCUUCGAGAAGGUUAACGAGGAGGAGGUGCAGAAGAACCAGGCCGCCGCCAAGGAGAAGGAGUUCCAGAGCGUCAAGGCCACAAAGGACGCCGUGGGGGAGCUGUGUGAGAUCUGCCAGGAGCCGUUUGAGACAUACUGGGUGGAGGAGGAGGAGGACUGGUUCCUGAAGGAUGCCGUCAGGGUCGACGACAAGAACUUCCACCCCGCCUGUUUUGAAGAUUAUAAAAAUACGUCCUCGUACGUCGACGCGACGCCGUCGCCCAGCAAGCUGCUGACGGAGCACCCGCUGACCGCCUUCAUCAAGACCGAGGAAGGAGAAGAGGAGGAGCAAGGGGGCGGGACUUCCUGUGCGUUCGCCUCAGUGAAACAGGAGGUGGCCGAGCCCGAGGCGUGUUCACUUCCUGUGGUGAAGAGCGAGGAGGAGGAGGAGGAGGAGAAGGAGGUUUUAAUGGAGGCGGGUCGGGCGAGGCCGAGUGACGGUGCGAGGCCGAGUGACGGUGCGAGGCCGAGUGACGCUGCUUUUCUGAUUUUAAGGAAAAGUGCUUUUACGUGAACUUGAAUACGUUUUGGUAUUUCUGAUCCUCCCGUUGUUUCUGUUUGUGGCUCAGAGAUGUACAUAAUUUAAUUUAUAAAUUAAAGUAUUUUUUGGUACCUCUGGUGUAACCGUGAUUGUGAUUUACCGUUGAUUUAACGUCGGGGAACUUCCUGUCAGGUAAGCAUCGCCGAGGAGCCACGUUUCCUUUUCCUUCAAUUAAGAGUGUGUGACGCCAAGGUUUUUCAAAAUAAAGGUUGAGUUCAUUUCCAGA